CUGCGAACAUCUCGCUUCGCCGAAUUCCUUGCUCGCAUCGACAACAUUGACCAACACCCAGUACUUCGUGAUAUCGUGUAGGAUAGGAUUGCCGGUCCGAGGUCUAUGGUCUUGCUCGGACGGGCAUUGCUCCGUGCAACAAGAUGGAGCAAGCCACUGGCGUUCCGCGCCUCGUUAUAUCCAAGAAACGGGCAAUCCACAUGCGUUGCAUGGUCAGCUUUGUGUGAGAUUUACAAGCCACUGAGUAGAACUAUCACUACUGCGACGAAUCAACACUUUGUGGAUCCGACUAUCUACGCACUUUCUUCGGCGACAGGACGUGCAGCGAUUGCUGUCAUCAGAGUCUCGGGAUCAGCAUGCCUCGACAUCUAUCACAUGCUUUGCCCUGGGAAAAGGGCACCCAGACCACGAUUUGCCACGGUCCGGACAUUGUACCAACCUGGUGCCACCCCUUCUGCCGAUGUCAUGCUAGAUUCUAGCGCAUUACUGCUGUACUUUCCCGGCCCGUCAUCGGCCACCGGUGAAGACAUCCUAGAGCUGCAUGUGCAUGGAGGCCCAGCGGUCGUGAAGGCAGUUCUAGCUGCGAUUCCGCUCUGUGCGAGCAGUAGUGCGCAUCACAUACGCUAUGCAGAGCCGGGAGAAUUCACGCAUCGAGCAUUUCUAAAUGGCCGACUGGACCUGACGCAGGUCGAGGCCUUGGGCGAUGCUCUCUCGGCAGAGACAGAACAACAGCGUCGGAUGUCCAUGCGGGCCACCUCGGGAUCGCUUGCGAUCCAAUAUGAAGGCUGGAGGCAACAGCUGUUGUACGCACGAGGGGAAAUGGAAGCAUUAAUUGAUUUCAGUGAAGAUCAACAUUUUGACGAAAGCCCCGCUGAGCUCUGCGCAUCCAUUGCGAGACAGAUUGAAGUUCUCAAACGCCAGCUCAAUGUUCACAGUCAAAAUGCCAUGCGUGGAGAAAUGCUGAGGCAGGGCAUCAGUAUCUCUUUGCUGGGCGCGCCCAACGCUGGGAAAAGCUCUCUUCUGAAUCGCAUCAUCGGGCGAGAGGCCGCUAUCGUAAGCUCCGAGGCCGGUACCACACGAGAUGUCGUUGAGGUUGGCUUAGAUCUCGGUGGGUACUUUUGUCGACUUGGCGAUACAGCAGGUCUGCGUCAGUCGCAGUUACACGCAACUAAGCCAGACGCCGAGGGUGGCGUGUCGAAAAUCGAUACAAGAAUAAGUGACAUUGAGAAGGAGGGCAUGCGACGUGCAAAGGAGCGCGCUGAACAAAGUGACGUUGUGAUCGUCGUGCUCAGCUGCGAGCCUGGUGACAACGACUCGAGAAUAGCACUGCGUCUAGACCCAGAAGUCUGUUCGACCGCGGCACGCUUGAUUCAGGAAAAGAACAACGUAAUUGUGGUCAUCAAUAAAGCGGAUCUUCUCCCACACGACACCAGAAAUGAAUCACAUCGGGAUGCCGUUAGCGCGGCGCUGCGUGCUCUACCAGGGCUGCGGGAAGAUGCAGUUCACCUGGUAUCAUGCAAGACAAUGGAGGGUCGCAAGCUUCCCUCCCUAAAAGAGCAGUCAGAUGCCGCCAGUCCGACAGACCCAAGUAACGUACAGCAAUUCUUACAGGGCCUGACCCUACGAUUUGCACAGUUGACCGCAGCGCUAGAGUUAAGCGAUGAGCAAAAUCAGGCUGGGAAUCCCAAUCCUUCAGUGUGGCAGGAAUCGCUUAGCGCAACGGAAAGACACCGCGUACUCCUCGCCGCAUGUAUCGACCACCUUGAGGCUUUCCUCUCGCGAGUCAGCGAUGCGUCGGUCGCGAACUCGGACAUUGCCGACGAUAUCGGUGGCGAGGUCGAUAUGGUGGCUGCUGCCGAGGACCUGCGGUCGGCAGGGGAAUGCCUCGCUCGUAUCACCGGCCGAGGGUUGAGUGGAGACGUUGAGGAAGUUCUUGGCGUGGUAUUUGAGAAGUUCUGCGUUGGCAAAUGAUCGGAGUAUCUCGACUUGAUAUGUUCAGAUUCACAUUCCACACGCAACAAGUACCCUAUAUCAUUGAUGGACCGGCGCUACUUCACGAUGUUGAUGAAGGGAUGUGUUACUUAUCUAUAGUAAUUCGAGUAGCAACACCCUUGUCAAUUUGGAAGGACCGGGGAAGCUCCGCGAACGCGAAGGUGUUGUUUAGUGAACACGCCAUGACCUUGCCGACUUCGUCGGGUGCGACAUGUGUGAAAACGAGUUCAAUGGAUUGACCUGUCUAUCAACUUGACUCCAAAAUCGAACAAAAAAAUCGGCCAAAAGGAACCCAUAAGAACACCAAAAAAAUCAGAUAAUGCCUUUGCAGAAUGCUGUGGCUCAUGUUCGGUUACAGUGCGUACAUUUAAUGCACACGAUCGAUGAUAGAAACGCCGAAUUUGAUACAACGGGUGUACAUCGAAAAUUGUAGUGAGUCAUAAACAAG